AUGCGUAUAGGUCGAGUCCGUGCGAUCUUCUCGAUUCCGGAAGCCGUUCGCCAGCAUUUGAUUCCUUCAGCCCCGAACUUACAAUGUCCACGUCACCUUGCAUAUGUAGAGUGGUUCUCUAAGUUUCCCCGCGGUCCAGAAACCCAUUACCAAAUGUACAAGGUAACCGCGACAUUGACAGAACGCGAAAAGAUCGCAUCGGUGGUACCGCUCGCACUGCUUGAACGCAGCGUCCACCUUCAUCCGAAAUGGGGUGGGCCUGUGCCAGUGGAUUGGACAAGCGAGAAUGUGAUGGAUGAGUGUGCUACGUUUUACUUGAAUCAAUACAAGAACCCACACGACUUCUACAAUCUGUACUAG